ACACACCCACACUCCCUACACCCCCUUCGUUCUCGUUGUUAGCCAAUGGUUGCACAAACCCGCCAGCAGGUAGUCAAGGCUGCUCGCACGGCGGAACAGGCAAAGGUGACAGCAGCAGCAGGCCUUUCGUUUGACGGUUCCGGUCCGAAAGGCAAGAGCAAGAUGAAGCAGAUCAACAGAAAUGCAGAUGAGGGAAAUGCAGAGAUCUCAUUGGCACGUCGGACCAUCGCUCGAGAUGAGCAUGGACUUUUGGUAAGCACUCCACCCCCACCCCCAGUUGUUUCCUCCUCGGACAGGGCUGUUAACGACGGGGCUGAGGACAUGGAAGUAACCAUGGACGAAGCUGAGCACACUCAGAGCGUUGAGGCGACUGAGAUCAAGGAUCCAGGAGAGGAUGCUGCCAAUGGCGAAGGCACUACUGAAGUCAUUGCCGGGGAUCAUCCAGAGGAGGGUGUACGUUUCGAUGAUAUCGCCGAGGAUAUCGACGAAGACGACCCAGGUAAUUUUCAAGUGAUUCGACGCACCCGCGAGAAGUUCAACAGGGUUCUGGUCCCUCUAUCCUCUCUGCGCGGCGAAACAACUGAAGAAAAGCGGGAGAACCUGAUGGGGAUACUGAAGGCGGCCGAGGUCAGUGUUUUGGCAAGGAUCAAGACAAAGAAAUUCGAUGGCGAACAUCUUUAUUCGGUGUCAGUGGAGACAGAGGCUCAAGUUCAGGAACUGCUAAAGAUGAGGACUGAGAAUGCAGAUGGAGCCCGCGCUUUCAUCUUCCGCCGCGCGAAUGACGACUGGAGUCAGGACCGCCGUCGACGAACAGUGGAGGUGUGCGGACUUCCCCCACGCAUAACGGGCACGCUGGUCCGUUUGUCAUUGCAGAAAUAUGGAGAGAUCGAGGACAUUUCGCGUCACAUUUGCAGCCGCUGCAACAGGUUUAUGCUCGGUUAAGUGCAUUAUGAUGUCAUCAGCGCUUCGCCCAUCUUUCUACGACUUUCUAGAACACUGUUGCUAUCUAUCCAGCCAGUUUAUAUAAACCCCAUCCACACGUAGAACUAGACAGCAGCAUUGAUACGAAUAAAGCCUCCUUUCCACCCUAGAUCCACUUCCACCUGAUUUGACCGUUUGCAGCCGCGGUAUCAAGGUAACCCUUGCAGUGCGUUUCACGUCCCAAGCGGGCAUUGGGAAAUUGGUAGAAGAGGGCACUACCUUUCUCUUUGUGGGCAAUGAACUCGCUCGUCUGGUUCGCCUUGGUGCCGUGUCAUUGCAAUGGAACACGAGGCAUGUAUGCAAACUGGCGGGCUUGCCUUCUCAGACGAGCCCUCUCGAUCUCUCGGAUUUGUUGGAAUUGAAGGCUAUUUACAUUGAUAUACCCAAGGUA